CGGAAGUUUAAAAUUAUGGAAAUGAACUAUUUUUACUCUUUAAAUGGCUGUUUGAUUGGAACAAUACUUGAGAUAGGAGAUAUGAAAUUACUACCUCGUUUAAUAGCAUUUUCAACGGUGUACCUAUCAGCCUAUAUGUUCAUAUUGUUUUGGAGAAGCCGUUUUUUGCACGGAAGCGUCGACGAGUUUUUACAUUUAAAAAUGAUGAACAAAUUAACCAAACGAAGACAACUUUUUUCGUUUUUGAUGAGACCUAUGAAAAUCAAAGUUGAAACACCAAGAUCGAAUUUAUUAAAUUUGACUGAUCCAGGUUUACGAUGGUCGAUGAUUGUAUUUGUUAAAUCACAUACCUCGCAUCGAUCUCGGCGAAUGUUAGCCAGGAUGUCAUGGGCUUCAUUCGAAUACGUUGAUGGAAUUCGAAUUGAAACUAUAUUUAUAGUUGGUAAAGCUGAAAAUCAAAUAGAACAAUCCCAACUCGAGGACGAAAACAAAAAAUAUGGAGAUCUUCUACAAACCAAUAUAGAGGAAAAAUACUCAAACGUUGGGCUCAAGACAUUAGCCGGAAUGCAAUACGCUGCAUCUCAUUUCCCACCCGAUUGGAUGUACGUCACUGCUGAUGACGAUAUUAUGCCGGAUUUAAAACAUUUCUUAAACGAACUCGAUGAAAUGCGGAAAUCUAACAAGAAUAUUGGGAAAGCAGGCGGGGAAUGCGACUCGAAAAUCGUAUGUGGACUUGGUUGUGUCGUUAGUGCUACACCUAAGCGACUAAAAGACAGCAAAUGGUAUAUUAAUGAAGAAGACUACCCUAUCAUUAUAUACCCAGCAUAUUGCAUGGGCGGUCUUUACGGGAUGUCUGUAAAGUUGGUAAAAGAUUUGUACCGCAUUUCUAGGACGUUGCCAUUUUUCUGGAUAGAUGACGUAUGGAUUACCGGAUUUCUCCGAUUACGUCAUUUUAUUACUGUGAAAUCAGAAUGUCGGACGCCGGGUGCAGAAAUGGGAUUGUGGUCAACUUCGGCUGACGUUUUGUCAGUAACGGGAACCGAAGACAUUUUAAUUCAAGAGUGGACAAAAUAUGUAGCAAAAAUUCACGAAAAACAGUUUAUUCACGUCAAUGAUCAUAAUGGACAUGAUAGCGAAAGCCCCCUACCAUUCGAAUUUAAAGCUUGGUUGGAAUAUGUAUUUCACGAAACACCACAGAAAAUUUAAUCAAAAUUAACAAACGAGCUUUCAAAUCGUUCGAAACCAUCACUUACUACAUAGGUCAAAAAAUUGGGGUUCCGCCCACUUCGUUGAUUAUCACCAUAAAGUCUGCACCGAAUAUUUUUUGCUCUUACAAUACUAAACCGAAUUAAAUAUCUUCAAAUGCUAUUUUUCCGGCUUCGACAAGCAUUUCCCGUGUGUUGAAUUGCUGCUUUCCCGUACACGAUUGUUUCAGCCAUCAGAAUAAAAGAUAGCAAUAUCAAGUUUCAAGCAUAUGGACUGGAUAUAAUUGCUUAUGCAUAUCGUAUUGCAUAUUAUUUUAGAUAGGCAACUUCGUUAUGUUUUCAUGUAUAUUUCUGUAGGCCAUUAUUAAACCGAUUCAACGAUCGCUAGACCAAGCGAAGAAUAUAAGAUAUGAUUUAUCUAUAAACAAAUUCCCUUGGUCCACGAAUUUUCAAAAUGAUUCGUUCUGUUACAGUGAUUCCAUUGUGAUCUUCUAUAUUUUGCAAUAGUUUACAAUUCUUGCCAGUAAAGGUCUCGAUUGUGUGUUUGAUGAUUUGGUUUGUUACUUGUUUUCUUUUAUUAUUCUUACCGGUACUUAUUUUGACUCAUUCUAUUUAUUUAUUACUGAGCGCCUCGCGCACGUAAUACCAGAAGAAUUUCCUGUUAUCGCCCACGAUAGAUCGUAUUAUGCAAUUUAUCCUCCAGAUCAGAAAAUGAUUGUCAUAUAGUAGGAAGCAUUACUAUUAUGGUAUCAUCUUUGAACCAUAGUUGUCAGUGCUCAACUUCAGACUUGAUACUGAGAUGAUAUUCGUUACCUAAUUUGAAACGUUUUAAAUAGGCUUACGCAUAAUGAGUAAACUAUUUAGUCGCUUUGUUCAUAGUAUUGAUGUACCUGCGAUUGAAUGAAAAAAACAAUUUCAUGAUUGACAAUGACGUACGCUUUCAUUCUGUGCGCUAGUAUUAUUUUUCAUAUAAACGAAUUCUUAGGAAAUUCUUCUUCUUUACUAUUUGAAUUCUUAAUAUUGCGAACAAGGUUUUGGAAUUAAGAUUAAGAAGUGCCUUUUAAAGUUAAAUUGGCUUUUGAAUAAAAAUUUAUUCUACGCAUACAAACAUCCAGUCAUUGCACCCUUUGAAAAAUUUUACAAACUUCGCGCCCCCCCUCUUUUUGCUUUGAAAAAAUGCUUUUGUGAUGGCACUAUAAGAGUGUUGGUCUCAUAGCGUCAUUGCUCAGAUUGUUUAGGCAUAAAACGCUUCGGAGUACAACUUCGCCAUUCACUGUCGUAUGUAUAAAGCCACAUAAUGGUUGGUCAUCAUGCAUUCCCGUUUUUGCAAUACCUGGUAAACUGAAAUUAAUUUGUAGGUAAAACUAAACACGCAAUAAACCUAGAUGCUUUAAUGUAUUUUCUGCUUAAACGUUUAAAUAGGGCACGUAAAAUUUCAAUCAAUUGUUUACUUCAUCACUAUUGAGCGAUGCCAAAAUUAUUUAGGGUUUCCCCGGCCCUUGACCGUUGAAAAAUAAAGUCGCUAAGGCGUUUGCGAUUGCAUUUUGUUUAAAUUUCGAUUGUUUUCAUAAGAGUGGCGUGCUAUUUAGUCCGUAAAAAUUUGAUUUCGGUGUUUAUUCUCUUUAACUUUUUUUGUUCUCGAAUGGAACCAUGACAUCUCUGAGGAAAACGAGUUAGUUUUUAUUAUAUAAUCAUCAGCGACGAGAUGCAAAAGAUAGA